CGAGCACCCGGGUCCCUCUUGUCUCUCAAGUUAAUAUUUAAUUCUAAUUAAAUUAGACAUUCGUGAUAGGAGAGGGACCAGCGGCUAGCCAAAUAGGCGUAUUUAUUAUUUAGGCUAUAUUUAACCAUCCUGACGCUUAAAACGUUUUAUUUAUACAGACUAUAUGCAUUUUUGCCUUUUUAUUUUGGUGAACGUGGGUUUGUACGUACCAAAACUGAAGUACCACCGAAAACAAGAGAAGUGAGUAAAGAAAGUUCAUAAUUAAGCAGCGUUACCAGCGGGUGUAAAAAUCUAUGGCUCAAUGCAGACGUCGGACCUUGCUGUGCGUGUGCUUCUCCUUCGCGCUGUUGGGAAAUAUCUUCAUCUACGUCACGGUGUCAGUCUGUAAGGCCAUAUCAGAGUCCCCCGUCACCAUUCACAUUGUCCCUGAUCGUUUCAUUGCCCCUGGGUUGGACAACUCUUCUGCUGUGGCAUCCCACCCAAUCAAACCCUUCUGGGACCUCCACCCAGAUGGGGGUGCUUUUUGGAACAAGCUUCAGAUCUCUUGGGACCGCAAAAGCAACCCCAUCCUGAGAGAGACCAUGGCCUUGAGCGAAGAUGCGGAGGAAAGUGUGCUCUCUCCGGCAGGCACCGACUGUAACUGGGUUCAGAGCUUGAAAUUGCGCCCCCCGAAGUUUGGAACCUGGCCUGAGCAAAUACAGGAGUUUGUCCUGUCCAUGCACUGCAGGGAGUACCCACUGCUGCUGGGCCAGCCCGAAACAUGUGGCAGCGAGGGCGAGGAGGCGCCAAUGCUGCUGAUGGCCAUAAAAUCGCAGGAGGGGAACUUCGAGAACAGGCAGGCAAUCAGGCAGACGUGGGGGCGAGACGGAUGGGUGAAGGGUCUGAAGGGGAAGGGGGGAAUGGUGCGCCGCGUAUUCCUCCUUGGCAAACAGGAUGCCUCCGCAGGACCCUUUGCAGAUGUGUCGGAUCUACUGGCUCUGGAGAAAGGACUCUACCGUGACAUCGUCCAGUGGGAUUUCCAGGAUACGUUUUUCAACCUGACGCUGAAGGAUGUGCUGUUCUGGCACUGGUUCUCCCACCGCUGCCCGCGAGCCCGCUUCGUCUUCAAAGGCGACGACGACGUGUUUGUGCGGACUCCCGUUCUCCUCGAUGCCCUGGGCCAGGAGGAGCAAAAUCCGGGAUCGGCACGGAAAAUGAGUGAUUUCAUUGUCGGUGAUGUGAUUAAGAAUGCAGUCCCACUUCGCGAAGCCCGAAACAAAUACUACAUCCCCGAGAACUUCUACCACGGGCUUUACCCUGCGUAUGCAGGCGGGGGAGGGGUUGUGUACUCGGGGGCUUUGGCUUUGCGUCUGAAACAGGUCUCCAGGAGUAUGCACCUGUUCCCCAUCGACGAUGUAUACCUGGGUAUGUGUCUUCAGCGGCUGGGGGUCAAACCCAUCCACCACCCUGGCUUUUUGACCUUUGACUUCCCAAAGGGAGAGAAUAAGCCCUGUGCCUACUACUCUAUCCUGCUGGUUCACAAAAGGACCCCCAAGGAAAUUCUUAAACUGUGGUGGGAACUGAAAGUGCCACAUCCAGUGUGUGUCAACAAUGUAACAGGUUUUCAUGAUGAUUCUGUGAACCGAGUUUCAGUAACCCGCCCAUUAGCCCCCAGAAACAUUUGGCCAAAUGUACAUCCUUUUUCACUUUAACUCAUAACUUUAGUCUGCCUUUACCUUUACCAUUAAGGCAUGGCUAUUUUUAUUUAUUUAUCAGAACAGUCUCAGCUACAUGAACAAUCCAUGAAACCAUGUUAUGUCGUUGUAUUAUGUGUGUGAACUGCAAUGAAAGACCCAAACAAAUUCAAGUAGAAAUACUUUAAAACCCUAUUUUUAUCCAUGUUUUUGUCACACCUAGGUCUUGUGUGACAUAUUUAUAUUAUUCUAAGCAGACCCAAUGGAAAACAAAACCAUGCCAAGCAUCAAGCUAUAGACAUCGAACAAACAAACUACAUACAGCUACAUGUGCUAGCCUAACUAUGCGAGGCUGCAAAGAGGCACCUGGCAUUCUUUGCACAUCCAUGUACCCCUGCCGUGUGGCCUUGCAGUAUUCACUGUUUCUGUGGCCUGUUGUGGUCCGUUUUGAUUUUCCUUUUUCUUCCUCUGCUCCGUGUUGGUGGAGGAUACUGGCCUCCGGAUGCUGAAGCCCAAGGUGGUCACAGCCCAGUGGCAGGUGCUGGUUCUGGUUCUGGUGCUGGUGCUGGUGCUGUGGCUUUACCCUGAGAGACAUAAAAUAGACAUUAAAAUGUUGUUAUGGAAUGCUGAGACUUAUUUUACUAAAUGUAUGAAAUGUAAGUAACAAAAUUGACUGACUCAAAAUGAGAUAUGAACAGCAGCCAAAAGCAAGGUUUUAGCUCAUUAAAAUGUCUCUGUGCUUGGGCAUUUACCAAUGUAAAUAGUAUAGUUGCAGCCAUGUUGCAUUAAUGAUGAUAAUAUUGAUAUAAUAUUAAUUUACAGAUGUAUUGGUGUGCUGUUCCUCUUUAAUGAGAUGGUACACAUUAAUGCAGAUUCUCUGUUGACUGAAGCUUAAUAUUGCUUUUAUAUUCCUUAGCUCCGCAUUAUAGACUUUGAAGGAGAAAAUGAACCCAGAAGUGAUCCGUUUAAUUUGGCAAUAUAUCUAGUUGUCACUUUUGCCAAAAGAAGGCACACUAUUAUGUCGCAGGGAGACAUUUGCUGAGUCGGAAAAAACAGAGAUCGAACAUGGAGGUGUGAGCCAGCCCUUUUCUCCUUACAGCAAUGUUUAUAUUAUAUUUUAUUUUCUUUUUCUAUUUUCACAUAUUUAAAAUGUUGUUUUUUUAAUUUUUUAAUUUGCAACAACAAAGACACAGGAAUUACAGACAGAUAGGAAGGUAAGGGUGCAAUGUUUAUAUACAGUAAGGUCGUUGACUGUUCUUUGACCAGGCUCAACUGUGUUUUGCAGUUUCUGGCCAUCACCCCACCCAGAGGAGGCAGGAAUCUAAACAAUCUUGAUUUUCUUCCACUGAAAUCACUGUGUUGUUUGUGCAAAUUCCAUGCAUAAUGUUAACUACAUAUUCAUUUUUAUUUACAUCUUAUUCAAUUAAUUUAUUCACAAAGUUCACUUUUGCUUGUUAAAAUUUAAAAGGCUUUGAUCUUAUGCAUGAUUUUGGUCAUCCUUAU